UGGUUGGGUUUAUAUAUAAUUUUGGACUCUUGCAUGAUCCAAAAGGUUGCUGUGGCUUUUUUCUUUUCUUUUUGUUUUUGUUUGAAAAUGGAGUUUUAUCUUGUGCUGUGUGUCGGCCAUUGAGUGUUCGAUUGAAUCUCUGAGCCAAGAAGGAAAGAGAAGAUUCCAUCUUUUCUUUCUCUCAAUUACCCACAAAAAGUUUCGAACUGGGUUCUUUUUCUUUUGGGUUUUUCUCAACUAAUGACUUCCACUUGAAGAAAUUUCAGAAAGGAAAAGAAAAAUAGCCUUCUUUUUUGGUAUCUUGAUUCUUGGAUUGUUGAAACAGAGAUAUUUAGUUCGGAUAUUGUCGUUUGAGAAGCUAAGGGAAUUGAAACUAAGUCGUUUGGAUUCUUAUUUUGGGUGGGGAGACUGAGUUAGUUUGGGUUAAAAGAAGAGUCUUUGACUGUUGAGGCUUUUCCACUGGUUUCGUUGAGUGGACACUUAUUAGGGUUUUUGCGAGUUUUUUAAAUUAAGUUUGUUUUGGGUUUUGAUGGUUGAAGUUUUUUCAAAGGAGGUUUUUUCUUUUUCGGUGAGUGAAGUAAUUGAAGCAUUGAAUUUAAGAGGAAGAGAGCCAAGAAAAUUUUGAAGUUGAGCUGUUUUCCUAUUUAUUCUUAAUUUAAAAAAAAAUAAAAGUUAAGAAUGAUGGGAUUCUAUAGAAUUAGAGGUUUUGAUUGUGGGUUUUGUUUUAUCUGGAGUUUUAGAACAGAUUCAAUGGGUUUUUGCCUGAUUUACUAGACGGAAUCGUGCCACAAAGUUUAGAUCUUUCAUCUCUACUUCGGUUUUCUUAUUCUAUUUAAGGUCUUUCUGAGAUAAAGGAAUAAAAAACUAGCAACUAGCAAGGGGUUUUCAUUUCUGUGAAGUUUUUGUAGUUUUUUUUUAUUAAGUAUUAUUUAAGAUGAUUACCUUUAUGGAAUCAAAAGAGAAAUUGAAGGAGGUGGAGAAGUGUUUAGAUCCUCAGCUUUGGCAUGCCUGUGCUGGAGGUAUGGUUCAGAUGCCAAUGGUAAAUGCAAAGGUGUUUUACUUUCCUCAAGGCCAUGCCGAGCAUGCCUGUGGUCCUGUUGAUUUUAGCAAAAACCUCAGGAUUUCAUCUUUCACUCUAUGCAAAGUUUCUUCCAUUAAAUUCAUGGCUGAUCCCGAGACUGAUGAGGUUUUUGCGAAGUUAAGGUUGGUACCUUCUUCUGGUGGUGGUGUGAAUGAGCUUGGCUUUGAUGAUGAUGGUAUUGGAGGAGGAGGGCUUAACGGGUCUGAAACGCAAGAGAAACCAGCAUCAUUUGCCAAGACUUUGACUCAAUCAGAUGCCAACAACGGUGGUGGAUUCUCAGUACCAAGAUACUGUGCCGAAACCAUUUUUCCACGUUUAGAUUACUCCGCUGAUCCCCCUGUUCAGACAAUCCUUGCUAAGGAUGUUCACGGCGAAACAUGGAAAUUCAGACACAUCUAUAGAGGGACGCCUAGGCGCCAUCUUUUGACAACAGGAUGGAGUACUUUCGUUAACCAUAAGAAGCUCGUUGCUGGGGAUUCAAUUGUUUUCUUGAGAGCUGAAAAUGGUGAUCUCUGCGUCGGUAUUCGACGUGCUAAGCGGGGUAUGGGAGGUGGAACGGAGUCUUCUUCAGGUUGGAAUCCAACUGGUGGGAAUUGUGCCAGUCCUUAUGGAGGAUUUGCUGCUUUUUUGAGGGAUGAAGAGAACAAGAUGUUGAGAAAUGGCAAUGGUAAUGGAACGAACUCGAAUGGUAGUCUGAUGGGGAAGGGGAAAGUAAGGCCCGAAUCUGUUAUUGAAGCUGCAACACUUGCUUCUAAUGGUCAACCAUUUGAGGUUGUUUACUACCCUCGAGCUAGUACUCCAGAGUUCUGUGUGAAAGCCUCGUUGGUAAGGGCGGCAUUACAGAUCCGUUGGACCCCUGGAAUGAGGUUCAAGAUGGCCUUUGAAACCGAAGACUCUAGCCGAAUAAGUUGGUUCAUGGGAACUAUAUCUUCUGUCCAAGUUUCUGAUUACAAUCGCUGGCCUGAUUCUCCAUGGAGGCUACUCCAGGUUUCAUGGGACGAACCUGAUCUACUUCAAAAUGUGAAACGAGUUAGUCCGUGGUUGGUAGAAUUGGUGUCUAACAUGCCGGCGAUUCAUCUAUCACCGUUCUCGCCACCAAGAAAGAAACUGAGAUUGCCCCAGCAUUCAGAUUUCCCACUUGACACUCAUAUUCCAAUGCCGAGUUUCACCGGCAAUUUCUUUGGUCACAGUAACCACUUUGGUUGUCUGUCCGAAAACACACCUGCUGGCAUGCAGGGAGCCAGGCAAGCUCAUUUUGGUCUAUCUUUAUCAGAUCUUCACUUCAAUAAACUGCAACCGAGUCUUUUUCAGGCUGGUUUUCCACCAUUCGAUCAUGGUGCUGCGCCCACUAAAUUCUCCAACAAUGCAAUGAAUCAGAAGAGCGAAAACGUUUCAUGCUUGUUAACAAUGUCCCAUACCACACAAACUCCUAAGAAGUCUACUGAUGAUGUAAAGACACCGCAGCUCAUACUCUUUGGUCAACCGAUACUAACGGAACAGCAGAUAUCUUUGAGCUGUUCUGGUGAUACAGUCUCACCAGUUGUUACUGGAAACAGUUCAUCAGAUGGGAAUGGUGAUAAAGCAGCUAACUUUUCUGAUGCUUCUGGUUGUGGAAUUCAUCAACAACGGCUUCAGGACCGCUCACCCUGCGAAGGGUUCCAAUGGAAUAAGGAGACCGAGCCAAACUUGGAAACCGGUCACUGUAAAGUUUUCAUGGAGUCGGAAGAUGUAGGGCGCACCCUUGAUCUCUCGUUGCUUGGCUCUUACAAUGAAUUGUACAGGAAACUUGCAGACAUGUUUGGAAUAGAAAACUCUGAAACACUGAGCCAUGCUCUCUAUCGUGAUGGCACAGGUGCAGUGAAGCACAUUGGUGAUGAACCGUUCAGCGACUUCAUGAAAACCGCGAGGAGGUUGACGAUUCUAAUGGAUUUGGGCAGCGACAACUUAGGACAUGUAAAGACAGACCAACAUUAGUUCAAUUGUGAAGCUUCCCGGAUGAUUUAAUCCUUUAAUUCCUUCCCAAUGCUGACCAAAAUUCCACCUCUUGUGAAGCCACUCUGAUCCAAGACACUUCAUAUUAUUCUUAUUGUUCUUUUUUUUUUUCCUUUUUUGUUCGAAGAAAUAAGUCUUCGAUCAAAGCUUUCGCUAUUAUUUUCGUUGGCAGUUUUGUUUGGCUUUAGGUUUUUAUAUUCUUCUACAGCCUCAAAAUCCCCACCCUACAUAUGUACAACUGGUUUUAUAGAACAUGGUACUACUACUAUUAUACAUACCAUGUUCUAUAACACUUUUUGGUUUAUGACCGAUUUCAAGUCUUUACUUUUGGAAAUGUAUAUUAUUAAAUUUAAGCUGA